GGUCCCAGGCAAGCGGCCGGAAUCCGCGCGGCGUUCAUGGCGCUUUACGAGCUCUUCUCUCACCCGGUGGAGCGCGGUUACCGCGCGGGGCUCUGCUCCAAGGCCGCUCUGUUCCUGCUGCUGGCCGCCGCGCUCACGUACAUCCCGCCACUGCUGGUGGCCUUCCGGAGCCACGGGUUUUGGCUGAAGCGGAGCAGUUACGAGGAGCAGCCGACCGUGCGCUUCCAGCACCAGGUGCUGCUCGUGGCCUUACUGGGACCGGAGCGCGGCGGGUUCCUGGCCUGGAGCACGUUCCCCGCCUUCAACCGGCUGCAGGGGGAUCACCUGCGCGUCCCGCUGGUUUCGACUCGAGAAGAAGACAGGAACCAGGAUGGGAAAAUGGACAUGUUACAUUUUAAGCUGGAGCUUCCCCUGCAGUCCACGGAGCAUGUUCUCGGUGUGCAGCUCAUCCUGACUUUCUCCUACCAAUUGCACAGGAUGUCCACGUUCGUGAUGCAGAGCAUGGCGUUUCUGCAGUCCUCCUUCGCUGUUCCAGGCUCGCAGCUGUAUGUGCACGGGGACCUGAGGCUGCAGCAGAAGCAGCCCCUAAGCUGCGGCGGCCUGGACGUGAGAUACAACGUGUCCGUAAUCAAUGGGACCAGCCCUUUUGCCUAUGACUACGAUCUUACCCACAUUGUUGCUGCUUAUCAGGAAAGGAAUGUAACCACUGUGCUCACGGGCCCGCACCCCAUCUGGCUGGUGGGAAGGGCUGCCGAAGCUCCAUUCGUGAUUAACGCUGUCAUCCAAUACCCGGUGGAAGUCAUUUCAUAUCUACCAGGAUUCUGGGAAUUGAUCAAGUUUGCCUGGAUCCAGUAUGUCAGUAUCCUGCUUAUCUUCCUCUGGGUGUUUGAAAGAAUCAAAAGAUUUGUGUUUCAAAAUCAAGUGGUGACCACAAUCCCUGUCGCAGGGAUGCCCCAAGGAGAAGUGUAUAAGGAGCACUUGUCAUAGGAAGACCAUUUCUGAGAACUCAGCAGGAUCCUGGCUACCUCAUUGUGGUCUUCUGAGAACUGCCAUCUUAAGAAGUUUUUGCAAAGAGCCUGUGGACACGUGCCGGUGUGUGUGCUUUUCCUAAAGACAAAGGACAGUCCUUUCUUAUUUUUCUCUACACAAAUCCAUAUCUUCUAAGUACCUGGCACGUAAGCACCACUCAUCAGGGACUAGUUUGUGGAAACAUCCAAGGGUUCCCGAAGGCUAUAAUUUGCUUGUUUUUUUGUUUUUUGU